UCUCGCAAGCCAUUUUAGCACAACAUGGUCAGUCAUAGUCCGACAGCCAAUGGUGAGUGCGCUCUGGUUGGACUUGCCUCUGCCUCGCCAGUCCCUUCUCGUGCUGCUGUCCUCGGCGUGAACGCGCGUGGUACCCAACGCUCGUGAAGAGGAGGAGGAGGAUGUGGCGCGCGGAGGGGAAAUGGCUGCCGAAAACAAGCCGGAAGAUGAACAUGGACAUUUGAAAAUAUACCUGCCCAAAAAGCUGCUUGAAUGUCUACCAAAAUGCUCCACGUUGCCAAAGGAGAGACACAGGUGGAACACCAAUGAGGAAAUUGCAGCAUACUUGAUAACCUUUGAAAAGCAUGAAGAAUGGUUGACAACCUCCCCUAAAACAAGGCCACAGAAUGGGUCGAUGAUCCUUUACAAUAGAAAGAAGGUGAAGUACAGAAAGGACGGCUACUGCUGGAAAAAAAGGAAAGAUGGGAAGACCACGCGGGAGGAUCACAUGAAGCUUAAAGUGCAAGGAGUGGAGGUGAGGCUGUUCGUCCGCACCGUAGCGCACACAAACACAUCGACUCGAUUCCGAAGCAUUCAGGUGCAUAUAAUGGGCGCACUUAAGAAAAAGGAAGACCUCUCGCCUGGAUGUGAGCGCUGUGGUUUUUGAAGUUGUUGAACAUGUACAGCGAGUCCUCAAGUCGGCUGCAACUUUUCUAGUCCACAUUUGAGAAUGAAAAAAUACACCUCAGCAGCCUGAGUUUAGUUUUUCCCUUGAUAGCAAACAAAAUGGAAGCAAUUGUUUGUACCUUAUUAAGCUCGGGAUGUUUGCUCUGCUCCAGAGUGCCGGCAUUAAUCUUCCCCCAUGCUGGGAACCACUGCCAUCACAGGUAGACUGCAGGGCCCUUUUCUGCUUUUCUGCGCCCUGGCAUGGCCCCGCUGAGUGUGUGUGUGCGUGUGUGUGAUUUAUCUUCACUCAUACACACAUAUACACACACAACAAACAGCGUGGGUGCUGGAUCCAGAGUUUUACUCAUUUGUUUGUGGGGAUUUGAACUGAAUAUCUAUCAUUUUUGUACGGUGUUCCCUGGGCAGUUGAGCAUGCUCAGGUCAUGUGAUGCUGUUUCGCAUAUGCAAGGCUGAAACCAUGUUCUAUGCAGUCGUAUAGUUGACAAAACACACACACCGAAUAUUUGAUACACUUGCCAACAUGUGCAUUAUUCUCUGCUUGCUCUCUCUUCAUGGAGCUCUCAUUAGACAGUGAACAGACCUCACUUAACAACCGAAUCUCUGCCAAUCAUUUUUUGGCAGUGCGUUUUCUCGGAGCAGAUGUUUCAGUGGAAGUUUGGAGUUUCUACCGAUUAUCCGUUAAAUCCACCAGCUUUAGCUCUUAAAGGUAUACUUCACAAUUUUUUUUUUUUA